AUGGCCCUGAUGAAUUGUUCGUCUCCGGAGAGACUCGAUUUGUCUUCCAAUUCCUUGUAUGGCACCAUUCCUGCAGAAUUGUCUUCACUUACCCGACUGCGGGAACUACGGGUCAGUAAUAAUAGCCUUGGAGGAUCAAUUUAUUUUCUCAUGAACUAUACUGAUUUGAAGUUAUUGGAGUUAGGGAAAAACAAGUUUGAAGGUACAAUUCCAGAGGUUAUAGGCUAUAAGUUACCCAAAUUGCAAUUUAUGGAUCUGAUGUACAAUCAGUUAAACGGCAGCAUCCCAAAAUCUCUAGGAAAUUGUUCCGCGCUCCGUUAUUUUGCAGUAGAUUAUAACAACUUGAGCGGAGCAAUACCCCGAGAAUUUACGAUGCUGACUCGUCUACAGACACUUGUUCUUGCUGCUAAUAACUUCGAGGGAAAUAUUUUUCCGCUUCUGUUAAACUGUACACAAUUGCAGUUUUUUGGACUGGCAGUAAAUAUGUUCGUGGGCUCCAUUCCUGCAGAUAUUGGCCUUAAGCUCCCCAACUUACAAGUAUUUUAUGCUGGAGGUAAUCAAUUUCAUGGGGUUAUCCCAAAGUCUGUAGGAAAUUGUUCUCAACUCUCAAUUCUUGAUCUCUCAUUCAACCUUUUAAGUGGUGUGGUGCGUCAAGAAUUGGGAAGGCUAACUGCUCUGCAGAGACUGUACCUUGGAUCUAAUAGCCUGUCAAAUGGACACUGUGCUACAGUGUGUGUAUUAGAUGUACUUUCUAACUGCUCCAUCCUUGAAGUGCUGGAACUGCAUGGAAACAAUUUCAGUGGCAUUUUAUCAAGGGGCAUAGGAAACCUCUCUCCUAGGCUAUCAAAACUGCUUUUGGGCGGCAACAACAUCACUGGAAACAUACCAGACGAGAUUGGCAACCUUACUGAGUUGACCAAUUUCAAUCUCAGUGAUAACAAUGUAAUUGGGCAGGUUCCGAGUGCAUUGGGCCAUCUGAAGAAUCUACAAUUGUUGGAUUUGAGCUCCAAUAAAUUGCAAGGCAGCAUUCCGUUAGAGUUUAAGAUGCUGGUAAACCUAGUAUAUCUAUUGCUUGCGCUAAAUCAAAUUUCUGGAGAAAUUCCUUCAAAUUUGGGUAGUCUGCAACAGCUGACGGAACUUCAAUUAAGUCAUAAUGAGCUCACAGGAAGGAUACCGAAUGCCAUUGGGCAUUGUUUCCGCCUGUUGAAGAUUGACCUCUCAUACAACAGCCUUACAGGAAAUAUCCCCAUGGAAAUCUCAAACCUCAGUUCAUUGGCAUUUUAUCUCAAUUGUUCACACAAUUCAUUGACAGGAAGAUUGCCUUCGCUGGGAAGAAUGGAACAGAUGCUCUGGAUUGAAAUACCUGAACCUUGCCGAAAACGAAUUUGGGGGAAUGGUGCCAAUAUCAAUAGGGCAGCUUAA